AUCCCGGGACGGGCCGGCCGUGCUGACAGUCGGGCUCAGCGGCCGCCGCGGGAGCAUCAAGCGGGCAGCGCCCGCCGCUCCUGCCCGCGCCCACCUGCGGCUGCGGCUGCGGCUGCCCCGGGCGCGGGGCGGCGGGGGCGCUGCCGGCUCCGCGCAGUCUCACCCCGCCGGCCCUCCAGGAUGAGCCCGGAGUAUUCCCUGCGCUCCUUGCUGCUCAUCAUCCUCGCCACCUUCUCGGCCAACGCCAGCAACUGGCUAUGGAGCGACUUGCGUGCCACACGUCUCCAGCAACUGGUGGGUGGAUCAUAGCAGCUAUCAAGGUGGUCUUUUAAGCUGUCAUGCUUCUGGUGAAGGUACCUGGCAAAGCUGUCUUCAGUGGGGAGCAUCUCAGAGGAGGAGACCUGUGAGAAGCUGAAGGGCUUGAUCCAGCGCCAGGUGCAGAUGUGCAAGAGGAACCUGGAGGUGAUGGACUCAGUGAGGCGUGGAGCCCAGCUGGCCAUCGAGGAGUGCCAGUACCAGUUCCGCAACCGCCGCUGGAACUGCUCCACGCUGGACACCCUGCCUGUCUUUGGCAAGGUGGUGACGCAAGGGACGCGGGAGGCAGCGUUCGUCUAUGCCAUCUCUUCGGCAGGGGUGGCCUUCGCCGUGACCCGCGCCUGCAGCAGCGGCGAGCUGGACAAGUGUGGAUGUGACCGCACGGUGCAGGGGGGCAGCCCGCAGGGCUUCCAGUGGUCGGGCUGCUCCGAUAACAUCGCCUACGGCGUGGCCUUCUCGCAGUCCUUCGUCGACAUCCGCGAGAGGAGCAAAGGGGCCUCUUCCAACAGAGCCUUAAUGAACCUCCACAACAACGAGGCAGGGAGGAAGGCCAUCCUGAACAACAUGCGGGUGGAGUGUAAGUGUCACGGUGUGUCAGGCUCCUGCGAGUUCAAGACGUGCUGGAAAGCCAUGCCCCCCUUCCGCAAAGUGGGCAACGUCCUGAAGGAGAAAUUCGACGGUGCCACGGAGGUCGAACAGAGCGAGAUUGGAUCCACCAAAGUGCUGGUGCCCAAAAACUCCCAGUUCAAGCCACACACAGACGAGGACCUCGUCUAUCUAGACUCCAGUCCUGACUUCUGUGACCACGACCUCAAGAAUGGGGUCCUGGGCACCAGUGGGCGGCAGUGCAACAAGACCUCCAAGGCCAUCGAUGGCUGUGAGCUGAUGUGCUGCGGCCGUGGCUUUCACACGGACGAAGUGGAGGUUGUGGAAAGGUGCAGCUGCAAAUUCCACUGGUGCUGCUCCGUCAAGUGCAAACCCUGCCAUCGGGUGGUGGAGAUCCACACGUGCCGGUGAUGCACCCUGUACCCUCUUUAACUGACCCUGCUUCUCCCUUGCCCCACAGCCAGGACUGAGGAAGUGACCCAGAUGCUGCAGGGAGAGCACAGCUCUUUACAGAGACAGAACCACAGAGAAAAACAGAUUUUAAAGAAAAAAAUAUUUAAAGUUUAAAAAAACUGAUCAUUGUUGGCUUUUUUUUAUUUUGUUUUGUCUGCUUUGCUGUAUUUAUUGCUGAAGCCAGAGCCCCUUUGCUCUCUGGCUGUCUGGGGACCUGUGUGAUGCCAGCUCCUGUCGGAUGGGCUCCUGCUGCUUUUGGAGUGCUGCAGACAAGAAGUGUUUAAGGCAAGGGUAGUGCAGCAUUUGAAAUAUUCUAUUGCAGUUAUUUUUGUUUGUUUAAAGGCACGUGCUGAGCAUCCUGGAGCAUUGUUGCCCUGGCUAAGCCUCAGGAAGGGAAGGAGCGCAGCCAGCCUGUGCAGCCAGUGCAUGGCAAGGGACAGGCAGGUGGUGACAGGGUGGCACUGUCCCCCAAGGGUUAACUUCCAUGUGGAGCCCAGCCAGGGUGAUCAGUUUAUGAGAGCAAUGUGAGACAUUCCUGCACCUCUUUGCUGUGGGAUGCUCAAAGGCCUCCUGGGAAAUGGAUGGAUUUUGGAGCAGCUCCAGUGCCUGCUCCGAUUUACAGAAGCUCCUCAGUGGCUGCCUAGGGCAUGAUGCUCCCACCAUUGCUCCCUUUCCCCCAUCUCUUCUCCAGGACCUGGUUCCACUGGAGACAGUGAAAGGCAGUGAUACCUGCAAUCCACUGACUCUUAAUGGAGCUGGGAGCUGAAGGGAGAAAAACCAAGUUGAUUUCUUCUCCUCUGUCCCAUAAUUGCCCCCACCUUGAAUACAUCCCACAGCAGGUCUCCUCCUUCUCCUCCACGUUCAUCUCACUCACAGGGAGGCACUGGGGGACAGUCCCUAUCCUGCUGAAAGCUGAGAAAAGCAAAAAUACAAAAUGGAGCAAUUGUUGGGGGUGGAGGAAUGCUGGUGCUCUGCUGCUGUUGCUGUCACACCCUUAGGAAGGCACAAGAGAAAGACUCAGCCAGAGGGAUGCUGCCAUGUGUGCUCUGGCCACACAGAUUUAGUGCAGCAGGGCCCCAGCUGUCCUGUCCUGCUCCCUGGGACACUGCCACGAGGAUAAAGCACUGUCCUGCCUGUGCUGGCUUCCCUCUGCCUAGGACUGGGUUAGUGCAGAGCCCUUGCUGUUGGGCUGCAGUACAAAAUAUUUGAAGAACUAAUAAGCAGAGGGGCACUGUGAGGGAAGGUGGAAAGUGAAAACCAGUUCCUCUCUCCCUCACCCAUUGGUCUAUGAGUCAAGAAGUAAAAGGGAAGCAGAGAAAAACCUCAAAAUGGAACCUCAAGCCAACAGGUGAGGAGUCAGCACUGCCAAGCCCUCCUGUGUAGGAGGGAGCUCCCUGCAUGGUCCAGGAAAGCCUAGAGCUGAAGGAGGGGGUCCCUGCAAAACCUGCAGUCUUGUUCUUCCUUGAGAAGGGAAAGGCUGGGGGAAUGCACAGGCCUUUGUGAAAUCCCAUCUGUGCCAUGGCAGUGAUGGGCUGGGGGAGAGCCUGUGGUCACUGGAAGGUCUCCAGACACCAUCUGCUGAAAACUGACUUGAAGCAGUGCAGGGUGAGGGAGGCUUGCAUUAGGGCAAACCCCAGCACAGCCCAGCUGCCUCCCCCUGAGCAGGAGCCUGCUCAGCACCCUCCAAAACACCUCCAGCAAAAUGGGCCAGAUGGUGGGAAGGGACACCCUAGGUGGGUCCUGAGGUGGAGCAAUAUGGGCUGAUCCAUGUCAGUGCAAACCAGAGAUCUCCUCACCAGAGCAAGGUUUGCCUCUCUCAGUUGCCCAAGGGUGCAGCAUUAAAUCCCCAGGGAGGGGGAAAUCUAAGCUGUGCCUCCCCUGGUUCCAUCUCUUCAGCCCCCCAAGGCUGCAAAUCCUCAAAUACCUUAGAGACAGCUCUUCCCUUCCCAGCUCAUGCAGAGGUCACAGACCUCAGGCCACUGGCCAAGUCUUCUGCUCCUUGUCCAUUUAGGAUGAGGGCCGAAGCUGAACGAGGCAAUCUGAAUCAGCAUGGAGAUAAUCUCUGCACGUGGGAUUUUUUCAGGCUGCAAUGAAAGCUAAGCCCUGCAAAUGCCACCCAGGGAUAGUUUGUCUCAACAGCACUCUGGCUCUUCUUACAACUUAAGUUUCAACACCAGAGGGGGGUUUAGAAAUGCAUUUUCAUAUUUACUUUGUCUAUUAAAUAAUAGGUUUGUGCUGAACAAGCCGUGGGGUUUUCCUGUCCUGAAAUCAGCUCCACUGGGCUGUGUAAAACCAUAAUGUGCUGCAAACAUCUCGUGCAUGGUGGUCUCCUCCCAGGAGUCCUUAGCUGGGAAGAGAGGUGCCCACAUGGUGCCUCCUGACAAUGCAAGGAGACACUAAAGCUCUCUUUGUCCCUCCUCCAGUCUCUCUGCAGGAGAUGCUGAUGUUUGGACCACAGGUGGCAUCCCUGCUUUCCCACCAGUGGAAACACAGCUUGCUUCUGCCUUAACCACUUGACACACCACUGGCUUAAGAGGCAACUUAUUUUAGAUUUCAGUAAGUCUGUGACUUCCUCCUGUGGAGAGGGCAUCAAUAUCCACCUGAUUAGAACAGAGCUCCCCUGCCCUGCCCACAGCCAAGGAGCCCCAGCUGCCCUGUGUGCUGCUGGAAGCCUCCUGCCAUGGGCUCAAGGUGUGUCUGAGCUGGGAGGGGCAAGAACUGUCCACAGAUGCCAAGUCAGGGACCUGCUGCCUUUUGCCUCCAUCCCUGUGCUGCAGGAUUUGGAGGGGAUGCAGUGCCCAGUACCCAGGUAUGCUCCAAGCUGCCCACAGAAAGUGCAUUUUGCUUGUUCCUUGUCCUUCCCCUAAGCCAGGAGCAUUGGCUGCAUCCUCUUCACACUGUUCCCUACAGUCUGGAGCUUCUUGCUUCAGCAGGGGUUGCUGCUGGCUCCAGCUGCACACUCUGCUUUGUCUCCUUUCUUUAGUUGUAGCUCUCCAUUUGUGUGCUCUCAAAGCUCACCUUUUCUUACCAGUGUCUUCUCAUUUUCAAACCAAUGUCUUCUCUUCCUUUGGCCUCUGUGCUGGCAGAGCUUGAGGGACAUUUUUUUAAGUUUAAUUUGUUGCAGAAAGAGGAUGGUAGGAUGGGAGAAAAUUAUGCCUGAGCCUCCCAAAAACCCUUAUUUCCAACAGCUCCUCUCUUCCCCUGGUGGAUCCCACUCCUCCAGCACUUCUUUUCCCCAUUCCAGCUUCAGCCUCAGGUAAGGAAUUGUCUCCAGUGAAAAAAGAGAUGCUUCACUCUUCUCCUGAAACAAGGUGUAGGGAGACACUGGCUUCUCUGUGAGCACAGAGAGAGCAAGAUAUUUGUGUUCUCCUCUUCCAGUGCCCUUCUCCUACUCCGCCUGUCCCCUGCAUCCCACACACAUCAGACCACAUCACACGGUGCCUCCC